AUAUUUGAUCAGAUCCUUCGUUUGGUGGUGAACAAUGCUCGAGGUCUGCUCACAAGCACAAUCACAGCACAAUCGCUGGUUGACGCGUCUGCUGGAGUGGGCCGGCGUCACGUGACCACAAAAAGACAAAGUACAUCCGGUCAAGGAUCCAGCGAGUGGCACGUGCCAAGCGCAAGCGCUGCCACAUUGGAUCGCAUAGCAUCGACAAACCUGAUUUUCUUCUGUGAAACCGGAAGGGAGCGUACUUCUCUCGCGAUGACCAUAGCUGGUCUGGUGUAUUGUCAUUUGGUCGGAUUCUCUUUUGGUUACCGAGUGGACGAGGAAGAACGUAUCUCUUUACGGGAUGCCAAAUACACCAAGGGUGAAUUCGAUGUUAUUGAACGUUUGGUCAGAAGGAUACCCAAUGGAAAUCAAGUGAAACGGGAAGUGGAUUACGUCCUCGACAAGUGCUUCGAUUCAAUGUCGAUGAUGCACUUCCACAUUCGAGAGGAGAUUUACUUUAGCUAUGCAAGGGUAAUUGCAGUUGUUCUAAUCAAUUCAUGA